UAAAUCGCGUUCGGGAAAGUAAACCGUUCGAAUUUAAAAAGCCAAGAACGGGACGGAAGGUUACAAUCGAAUCGAGCGCUGCCGUAAUUUUUGACGCGUUCGGAAAUCGAAUUAAGAGCGUUAGAGUGAGAGGUGCGCGGAGGCCCGAGUCCGUGAAGGCAGUUCUUGUUAUUGUUUGGAGCGGUGAUUUUUUCCGAGGCGUGCGAAUGGGAGUGGGUGCCGGUGGGCGCGUCGGGCACCCAGCGCGCUCUUCAGUGUUCUGGCUGAGCUUCGAGCGAGCGCGUGCUUGCUUAGUGCGUCCGUGCCGAAGGUUCUAGGUCUCGGUUCCAGUGUCGGACUGAUAAGGUCUGAGUGUCGUGGUCUGGCCGCAUGUUAUCAUGUUGAUAUCGGCGGGCAGCGGCCCCACGCCCGAGUUCUCCCCCGCCUCGUGCUGCGCGCCCUGGAAGAUGGAGCCGGCGCCACCCGCGCCCGCUACCAUGCCACAACCCCUCAACAUAUCACCCAAUGUACCAGUGUCCCCAUCGUCGUCGGGAGGCACCGGGGGCUCCGGGACCCCGCUGUACCCGCCGUCGCACCCCCUCUCCUCCCUGCUGUCGCAACAGCGCCUGCUCGAGCUGUCGCGCUUCGGCCUGCGACACUACGACAUCGCGCAUCACGUCCUGUCACAGCAAGGUGCUGUUACCAAGUUGCUUGGAACCCUUCGACCGCCGGGGCUCAUCGGGGGAAGCAAGCCUAAGGUGGCCACGCCGGCCGUAGUCUCUAAGAUAGAACAGUACAAGCGGGAAAACCCCACCAUCUUCGCUUGGGAGAUUCGGGAGCGACUCAUCUCUGAAGGUGUAUGCACCAACGCAACUGCUCCAAGCGUGUCCUCGAUCAACAGGAUACUGAGGAACCGGGCCGCGGAGCGUGCGGCGGCGGAGUUCGCUCGGGCCGCUGGCUACGGGCUGUACGCCGCACCGCCACCCUAUGGCGCCUUCCCCUGGGCUGGCAGCGGCGGCGUGUGGCCCCCGGGCUCGCUGCCGCUACCCCCCGGCGUGCCGCCGCCUUCAGGGGUACCGCAUCAUGACAUGCAACAGGGCUUCUUGUCUUCAUCCGGGCGAGGACUAAUAGGUAAUUUCUUAAUAAGGAAGUACCGGGCGAUAAAAACAAGCAAUCUUAUUUCUGUUAAUUUGAUGUGGCAAUCAAUACUCAACAUUCUUAUCUUUCUCGUAGAUGUCGACGGCGAUGACUCCGGUUCGCUUGACGGAGAACAACCAAAGUUUAGAAGAAAUCGCACCACCUUCAGUCCUGACCAGCUUGAAGAACUAGAAAAAGAAUUCGAGAAAUCUCAUUACCCGUGCGUCUCGACGAGGGAACGCCUCGCUUCCAAGACGUCAUUGUCGGAGGCGCGAGUCCAGGUUUGGUUUUCCAACAGACGAGCCAAGUGGAGACGCCAUCAGCGCAUGAAUCUCCUCAAGCGCGGUGGCGGCUCGCCCGCACACCGCCUGCCCCACUCCCCGUCCCCCUCCCGCUCCCGUUCGCGUUCUUUGUCCCCCGCGCGCGCGUAUCACACGCCCCAGAUGGGCGGCGAGAAUAGUGCUUUCAAGUCACUCUCCCAUCAAGAUACGGCUCUGAAGGCUCUGUCUCACCAGGCUCAGUUCGAUAGCAACGCACUGAAAGCGCUGUCGCAGCAUACGUACGAGAGCGGUGCGUUCAAACCGCAUCCUGGGCUAGAGAGUAGCGCGUUCAAAGCGCUCGUCCCGCAUUCGGCGGCGGCUGCGUUACUGGCGGCGCAGUCGAUACACCUAGCUCGCGGGUACGAGUCGCAUUCGGACACGGACGAGGAGAUCAAUGUGCACGACGAGAGUGAAAAUGAGGCUGACAGACGCAACAGCAGGGCGCGGUCGCGCUCGCGGAGCCCCGCGCGGCCGCGCCCGCCGCCGCCCAGCGAUCUGCCUCUGCAACUCACCAAGCACGACCGUUGACGACUCAUUAUUCAGUAUUACAGGGUUCCAAUUGAAGAUAUCAACAAAUAAGCUUUAUACGUAAGCAACGCCACUGAUUAACGGAAAAAAUUAA